AUAGCCUCUUAACAGUUGCAAUUGACCCUGCCAGUCGUCUACGCAGAAGCUUCGUAUUGCGGACAGCGACCUACUGCCUCAUUGAACACCAGAGCGAUCGGACACAGCUCGCAACAAUGGCAGCCAACGGCACCCACUCUAAACGCCCGCGCGUUUUCUUCGACAUCACUAUUGGCGGUACCCCUGCCGGCAAGGUUGUCUUCUCUCUGUAUUCGGACGUCGUCCCCAAGACCGCCGAAAACUUCCGCUGCCUCUGUACCGGCGAAAAGGGAACAGGAAGUUCAGGCGUGCCACUCCACUACAAGGGUAGCGCCUUCCACCGUGUAAUCAAGUCUUUCAUGAUCCAAGGCGGUGACUUCACGGCCGGCAACGGCACGGGCGGCGAGAGUAUCUACGGCGAGAAGUUUGAGGAUGAGAACUUCGACCUCAAGCAUGAGAAGCCAUUUCUGCUGAGCAUGGCCAACGCGGGCAAGGGCACGAACGGCAGUCAGUUCUUCGUCACUACCGUGCCGACGCCGCAUCUGGACGGCAAGCACGUUGUGUUCGGGGAGGUGAUUGCGGGGAAGAAUGUGGUGAGGCAAGUAGAGAACACGCCGGUGGGAGCGAGCGACAAGCCGGAGCGGGACUGCGUGAUCGAGGAUUGUGGAGAGCUGCCAGAAGAUGUGAGCUUGGAGGAGUUCGUGAAGAAGGCUCCAGAUGCAACCGGAGAUGCGUACGAGGAGUUCCCGGAGGACCAGUUAGGCGAGGGCAAGGAGUGGAAGGGUUCUGAGAUAGUUGCCAUUGCCACCGAGCUCAAGGACAUUGGCAGCAAAGCGUUCAAGUCCAACGACCCGAAGCUUGCGCUUGCCAAAUACCAGAAAGCGCUUCGCUACUUGCACGAGUACCCGGCGCCCCUCGAAAACGAUCCCGCCGAUCUCGGGACACAGCUCACUCAGCUCAAGAUCUCCCUCCACACCAACAGCAGUUUGAUGCAGUAUAAGCUGAAGCAAUUCAGAGACUCUGCUGAUUCCGCAGACAAGGCGCUCGCAGUCGAAGGCGUUACCGACAGCCAGAAGGCCAAGGCGCUGUUUCGAAAGGGUGUCGCAGCGAAGGAGGGCAAGAACGAAGAGGAUGCGCUGAAGUAUUUGGAGGAGGCGGAGAAGCUGGCUCCGGGAGAUGCCGGGAUCAAGAACGAGUUGGCUGGUGUGAAGAAGGCGGCGAGCGAACGGAAGGCAAAGGAGCGGAAGGCUUACAGUAAAAUGUUUGAUUGAAAGGAUGUGAGCGACGAGCGAGUGCGGACUUUGAGCGUUCACAGCGUGGCGUCCUGCAUGGAGUUGCGGCUUGCCAUUGAGCGGCUGUCAGUCCCGCCCAUUGCGGGCGGAAAGUACUGCGGGCAUAAAUACUGCGGGCGAAAAGUACGGCGGUCCUUCGUAUCUUGGCCCAACAGACUUCCUCGAAGUUUGGCUACCUUGCUACACAUAAGUUCUUGAACG